GAUGUGAGAAUACACUAUGUGGCAAGUGGGCCCGAAGAUAAACCUUUGAUGCUUUUUCUACACGGAUUUCCUGAGUUUUGGUACUCCUGGAGAAAUCAGAUUCGGGAAUUUCAGAAGGAUUACAGAGUUGUGGCCAUUGACCAGAGAGGAUAUAGUGAAUCUAGCAAACCAGAAGGGGUAGAUAACUACUCACUGGACAAGCUGACAUCUGAUGUGGAUGAGGUUAUCCAAGCUCUAGGCUACAAAAGCUGUGUGUUAGUUGCACACGACUGGGGUGGAGUUGUGGCAUGGGAUUUUGGCCUACGCUAUCCAGAUCGAGUAGACAAGCUGAUUGUCAUGAAUGGUCCCCCAUUUCCUGUAUUCAAAAACAUUCUGGAAACUAAUGAAGAGCAAGCCAAAAAGUCUAGGUACGUGUUCUUUUUCCAACUGCCGUACCUUCCUGAGCUCACGAUUAGCCUGGACGAUUUUGCAGUCUUCAACACUUUACUGCCUACAAAAUAUCGAAAAGAAACAUCUGAGAAUAAAGAUGAGGCGAUUCAAGAACACGUCGCUCCUUAUAAAUAUACAUUUUCACAGCCAGGUGCUCUGACACCACCAUUGAACUAUUACCGGCAUCUGAUGACAAAAGGCUAUGCCAGUGCCGCUGAACGCGAUCUCAAGUACCUUAUGCCAGCACUUUUGAUCUGGGGGAGUCAAGACAAGGCUUUAGAUAUUGCCAUACCCAAUACCAUUGAGAAAGAAGUACCAACAGUUGAAGUCAAGAAAAUUCCAAAUGGUAACCAUUUUGUGCAAACUGAUGCCCCUGAUGAAGUCAACAACGCCAUGAGGGAAUGGCUGAAUGAGCACUGA